AUCCUAAUAAAGAUGACGUGCAUGAUCUUUGAUGUGACCUCCAAUACAUUCUUCGGAUUCUACAAUGAUUGGCUCAGGAUUAGCCCACAAAGUACAAUUUUGAUAAGCAAAUGUUGGGCCCACAACCUACUCUUUCUCUCUCUCUCUCUCCCCAAGUAUUUAAGAGCAUGACAUUCCGACAUUCUCUGCACCUGAACAAGACAAAAAGCAAUAAACAACACCAAUGGCACGAACUCACGUGAUGCUGUCCUUCCUCGCCUGGCAGCUGAUCCUCCUCUCUGCCAAACCUUAUCUUAGUGACGCCGCUGGAGGGAGCUGGCAGCUCUUGCAAAAGAGCAUCGGCAUUACAGCCAUGCACAUGCAACUCCUCAACAACGAUCGCGUCAUCAUUUUCGACCGCACCGACUUCGGUAAUUCGAACCUGACCCUGCCCGGCGGUAAAUGCCGAACCGUCCCGAAAGACUGCACUGCUCACUCUGCCGAGUAUAGCGUCAUCACCAAUACCUUCCGAGCACUUUUCGUCCAAACAGACGUUUGGUGCUCCUCUGGGGCAGUCAUGCCCGAUGGCCGUCUGAUCCAAACCGGUGGAUUCAACACUAGUGGUGAACGUAGAGUCAGGACAUUCGUACCCUGCACCGGCUGUGACUGGACAGAGACACCCAACGGAUUAGCAGCUUCGCGAUGGUACGCCACUAAUCAUAUUCUUCCCGACGGACGGCAGAUUAUAAUCGGCGGGAGAAAACAGUUCAACUAUGAGUUUUAUCCUAAGAGCAGUGGUGCACCUAAUUUGUAUAGUUUGCCAUUUCUAUCGCAAACCAACGACCCAAACAUAGAGAACAAUCUGUACCCGUUUGUGUUUCUUAACGUUGACGGGAAUUUAUUCAUCUUCGCAAAUAAUCGAUCUAUUUUGCUCGAUUAUGCCGCCAACAAGGUCGUGAAGACGUACCCGGAAAUACCGGGCGGCGAUCCGAGGUGUUAUCCAAGCACUGGCUCGGCAGUGUUGCUUCCACUCAAGAAUCUGCAAGCCACGUCUGUAGAGGCUGAGGUUUUGGUUUGUGGUGGAGCACCAAAAGGGGCCUACACCGAAGCGAAAAAGGGUAACUUCGUGGAAGCUUUGAACACCUGCGCCAGGAUCAAAAUCACAGAUCCAAAUCCCCAGUGGGUCAUGGAGACCAUGCCUACGGCCAGAAUCAUGGGCGACAUGACUCUGCUUCCAAACGGAAACGUCUUGAUAAUCAACGGUGCAUCAGCGGGGGCGGCUGGAUGGGAAUUCGGUCGAAAUCCGGUCUUGAAUCCUGUCAUUUACCGACCUGAUAACAAGUUGGGUUCACGUUUCGAGCUACAAAACCUGAGCACGAUACCUCGGAUGUAUCAUUCGUCGGCCAUUUUGCUUCGGGAUGGUCGAGUACUCGUUGGUGGCAGCAACCCUCAUUCGGGUUACGUAUUCACCAACGUGCUUUACCCUACAGAACUUAGUUUAGAGGCAUUUUAUCCUCCUUAUUUGGAAGCACAAUUCUCAAAUUUGCGUCCACAAAUUGUAUCACCUCUUUCCCAGACCAAACUUGAUCCCGGUAGAAAGCUAGCGGUUCGCUUUUCAGUCGCCGGAGCUUUGGAUCAAAAUCAGGUCUCUGUAACGGUGGUGUCGCCGUCUUUUACCACGCACUCGUUCUCCAUGAAUCAAAGGUUGCUGGUACUUGGUGCGGAGACGGUGACAAGUCUUGGGAAUUCUACGUAUGAAGUCCAGGUUACUACACCGGCCGGCUCGGGCUAUCUUGCACCCUCAGGAUAUCAUCUUCUCUUUGUGGUUCAUCAAGAAAUUCCUAGCGAGGGAAUUUGGGUCCAACUACAGUGAAAAACAGUACUACUGAAUUGUUUUCUUUUAAAUUUGAUUUCUCGCACGGUUUGAAAAUAAAAAUGUUGGAGAAAAUAAUAUUAUUGUUCCAGGCCAUGUAGUUCAUAAACAGUAAUU